AUGAAGUUCCGAUUCAUCAUCCUGCUAUCCACAGCAGUUACUGCUGCUGAGGACGAGAAUACGCGAUGGUGUAAUCACGAACCAAGUGAUUCCGACUUUACUUGUGAUGGUAGACCAUCCGUCUACUGUUGUGACCGGAUUCUCAAUACCUUGGCGCAGCCAAAACGCAAGAAAGAUCUCCCAGUCAAGCGCUCAUGUGGCAGGCAAGGUAUACAUCAUGCCGCCUGCGUAAGAACGUGCACCAGCCACGGCCAUGUCAAUACCAACCCAUAUACCAGUGCUAAACGGUGA